GUUUGAAUGGUAAUAAAAAUGAAAUAUCAAACUGGACAAUAAUUUUUGUUAAUAUAUAUACUAUAUAUUUUUUUGUGAUGUUCAUUCUCUCUCUUUUGCCACCUAAAUAUCUAGUGCGAGUAUUAUAAAAUCCAAUCUUUUUCCACCAAAAGAUAUUUUCCACUUUGGCAGUUACCUAACAGAAGUCCAACACUGAAGUACGACGCCGUUUCAUAGCUUUUCCCCCCUAGGAAUCAUCGUCCCUUCCUCAGUAUCCUCCAGAGUACAAGAAAAACAGCCUCUCGUUCUCAGUUUCAGUCACUACCCUUUUUUUUUUGGUUAAUUGUCACUACCCUUUCACUACCUCGACGAGUCCGUCCAAACUCUCUUCCCUCGCCACGCGACCCACGCGCCCCCGCUGUACUUCUAUAUUAUUCUCCCCCAUCAUCAUCACCUUCUUCCCACCCCAUUUCACCUACUUCCCCUUUUUCCCCCAUUUUCACCAACUUUCUCUGUGAUCAGUCAUGGCGGCUACUGAUGCGCUUUCCCGUAUUGGCUUGGCGGGCCUUGCUGUCAUGGGCCAGAAUUUGGCCCUCAACAUCGCCGAGAAAGGUUUCCCCAUCUCCGUCUACAACCGGACCACUUCCAAGGUUGACGAGACCGUAGAUCGGGCUGAACGUGAGGGCCAGUUGCCUCUCUUCGGCAAAUACAAUCCUAGAGAUUUCGUCCUCUCCCUUCAGAAGCCUAGAUCCGUUAUCAUCUUGGUCAAAGCCGGGGCGCCCGUUGACCAGACCAUCGCCGCCUUAUCCGCUCAUAUGGAGCCCGGCGACACCAUCAUCGAUGGCGGCAACGAGUGGUACGAGAAUACUGAGCGUCGGAUUGUCGAGGCCAAUUCCAAAGGGCUGCUUUAUCUCGGCAUGGGCGUCUCCGGCGGGGAGGAAGGUGCCCGGUACGGGCCGUCUCUGAUGCCCGGCGGGUCCCACGAAGCUUAUUUGAAUAUCAAGGAUAUUCUUGAGAAAGUGGCGGCUCAAGUGGAGGACGGCCCGUGUGUCACUUACAUCGGGGAAGGUGGGUCGGGUAAUUUCGUGAAGAUGGUUCACAAUGGAAUUGAAUACGGUGACAUGCAGUUGAUUUCUGAAGCUUAUGAUGUGUUGAAAAAUGCUGGCGGGUUGACUAAUUCCGAGUUGGCUGAUAUUUUUGCUGAGUGGAACAGGGGUGAGCUCGAGAGCUUCUUGAUUGAAAUCACUGCGGAUAUCUUUCAGGUGAAAGAUUCUGAAUCUGGGCAUGGGGAAUUAGUCGAUAAGAUUUUGGAUAAAACGGGGAUGAAAGGGACUGGGAAAUGGACCGUUCAGCAAGCUGCUGAGCUUUCAAUUGCUGCUCCAACUAUUGCUGCUUCGCUUGAUAGUAGAUAUUUGAGUGGGUUGAAGGACGAAAGAGAGGCGGCAGCAGAUGUUUUCAGGAGUGAAGGUCUGAAGGAGGAGAGCAUUAAUAAUGUUGGUGUCGUGGAUAAGAAGAGAUUGAUUGAUGAUGUGAGACAGGCAUUGUAUGCGUCCAAGAUAUGUAGUUAUGCGCAAGGGAUGAACUUGUUGCGGGCUAAGAGUUUGGAGAAAGGUUGGAACUUGAACUUGGGGGAGUUGGCGAGGAUUUGGAAAGGAGGAUGUAUUAUCAGGGCUGUCUUUUUGGAUAGGAUCAAGAAGGCUUAUCAGAGGAAUCCGGCGUUGGCGAAUUUGUUGGUGGACCCUGAGUUUGCCAGGGAGAUGGUGCAAAGGCAGGCGGCUUGGAGGCGAGUGGUGGGAUUGGCUGUUCAGAAGGGGAUUAGCGUGCCCGGAAUGUCAGCUAGUUUGCAGUAUUUUGAUACUUACAGGCGUGGAAGGCUCCCUGCAAACCUUGUUCAGGCUCAGAGGGAUUACUUCGGGGCACAUACCUAUGAGAGGAUUGACCGUCCAGGAUCAUAUCAUACCGAGUGGGCAAAGAUUGCUCGUGGGGCCGUAGUAUAAUUGUAGGCAGUAUUUGAAGAUCCAGACUGCAUUUUGAUAGAAGACCAAUUGCCCAAGUCAUGAUAGACAAUCAGCAGUCUCCUCACGUACGGGACCGGAAGCGACCUUGGUGGGAUGCUAACAUUUGUCAAAUUGGCGCCCAUUCUCCACAGGGUUCGACUUCUCAUACGAAUGGCGGUAACCUUCAUCCCAGCAAGAUUGGCUGGGAGGGUAGCAUUGAAUAGAGCACCAGUAUGAGGUCUCCCGUGAAACAAAGUUUUGAAAGCGUGAUCAUGGAGCAAAACAUCUAAAGAUUCACCCAGACUAUUGUUGAAGCUGUGCACGUAGGGGAAACAGAGAAAGAGAACCAACCAUAGGAAACAGCAGCUGCUGCUUAUCAUCUCCAUAAGUAGAGCCUGAAGAAUCUUCCUGUUGCAGGACUUGAACAAGUUGACAGCUUGAUACCUCAAUUUCUGGUGAAUAUCAGCAGUAAAUGUGGUCGUAACUUUGUAGAUUUCUCCACGAUUUCAUGAUUUGCGGACUACUGUGGAAAUGAUCUUGUGUUUGAUGGACAAACUUCUGGAAAAAUGGAAGGAUAUUGAGAGAAAAGUGCCUUUCUAUCUUUGAUGUUUAGCAGAAGGAAAUGGCAAAUUGAGGAAGCCUUUGUGACGUAUUUGUACUGUGGAAAUGGUACAGACCAUGAUGCCCCUCAAGUUGACUGUUUCUUAACUUUCACAAAAGUCAUGCGUUUUGGUUAUGGGGACCCAUAGAAAGGAGGAAAAAACCUUCAUUUUUAAGGCCUAAUCAUGGUGGUUUUUCCUCUAACGGGUGAUGCAAUGAUAGUUUUGCUGGUAAAAGAAGUAUGAUUGUGUUCCACAGACUACGGGAAUCAACGCAUGCAGAAAAGUUUGCUUUGUAAUUGCAUUGUCUUUUUUUCUUCUUGUUCCUAAAAGCUCUAAAAGAGGCAAAAUCAGCACUGAAUGGCGGAAUAUAACUUUUGGUGAAAAAAAACUUGGAUCUCAUUGUCACGAAUCAUGAUGUGUAAUCUCUUCACGUACUGCCUUGUUGUCGACAAAGAAAAUGUGGAAAAACAGGUUAAUUGAAACGUUGCCGCCUCCUAGUUUCUAACCCAUCAGUGGACUGAAAAGUCUUGUGCCAAGAUGCAGCCAAUUCAUCCACACCGGAAUUACUUGAACUUGAGAGGGGAUUUUCAAUGGAAACGAAACUACAGUAUGUGAUGCUGAGUCACCUACUGCAAAUUUUGAUCAAGGAACAAACAAUUGGUCGAGCAGUUUUCUAUUUCUUCCUCAAUAGACUUCUUCAAGUGGUUAAAGCAUAUUUCAACUAUAAAAUCGAGCAAGAAACAAAUAAUCGCACAUGUCCCAAACCCUUUUCAGAUGAGCAGUGGAAAGAAAUCUUGGACUCCAUUAAUCAUCAUCAUUCAAUAUACCAUUAAGCUGGCACGCAAUGCAUCCUCCAACGGGCUAAUAUCUAUUACUGUGGUGCAAUGCAACAUAUCCAGAAGAAUUUGGAACCUACUUUUUUGCUG